GUUUUCAUAAGAAACAGCUGACAUUGGGUAACCGAACUGGCAUUUAACAGGUUAAAUUUGUUGGCUUUGAUCAGGAUCAUUGUUGGUUAAAAAGUGACUCAAUCAAAGUUAAAAUACUGUUAAUACAUAAUAUUUUCAUUUCAGUAUUUUUGAUGAGCGAAUUUUUAUCAUUCAGGAAAUCUGUGUAACUUUUUCAAACUGCCUCUGAGGGUUCAAUGAGAAAUGAGCUCUGCUGUGAAAAGGGUAAACACUCAGCGUCUCUCUGCUCUUCCAGGAAUGAAUCCUCCUCUUCUUCCUGCUCUAAACCGCAGCAGCUCUACUCUGUCCACACAUUUCCUGGUUCCUCCCCUUCAGAUCUGCACUCUGAAGAUGGGUGGAACCAACACGUGGUGACGUGGAAAAGUUGACUGGCCCCGUUCACUGCAAGAACACGUGGUUUGUAGAUCAGAGCUCUGACUAGUUUCAGGAAUGAGGAAGUGGAACUCACACAGCUGCUGCUGCUGACAGGAGAAAUGGCUGAGAAAGGAGUUCAGCUGGACCGGGAAACCUUCUCUUGUUCCGUCUGUCUGGAUCUACUGAAGGAUCCGGUGACUCUUUCCUGUGGACACAGCUACUGCACGAAGUGUAUUAAAACCCACUGGGAUGGAGAGGAUGAGAAGAGAAUCUACAGCUGCCCUCAGUGUAGGCAGACGUUCACACCGAGGCCUGUGCUGAUGAAGAACACCAUGUUAGCAGUUUUAGUGGAGGAGCUGAAGAAGACUGGACUCCAAGCUGCUGAUCACUGCUAUGCUGGAGAUGAAGAUGUGGCCUGUGAUGUCUGCACUGGGAGGAAACUGAAAGCCUCCAAGUCCUGUUUAGUCUGCCUGGUCUCGUUCUGUGAGAAACACCUUCAGCCUCACUAUGAUUCACCUCCAUUCCAGAAACACAAGCUGGUGGAGCCCUCCAAGAAGCUCCAGGAGAACAUCUGCUCUGGCCAGGAUGAGGUGAAGAAGAUGUUCUGCCGCACUGAACAUAAAGGCCACAACACAGUCUCAGCUGCAGCAGAAAGGAUGAAGAAGCAGAAGGAGCUGGAGGUGAGUCGACAAAACAUCCAGCAGAGAAUCCAGGACAGAGAGAAAGAUGUGAAGCUGCUCCAACAGCAGCUGGAGGCCAUCAAUGGCUCUGCUGGUAAAGCAGUGAAGGACAGUGAGGAGAUGUUCACCCACAUGAUCCACCUCAUCGUGAAAACAAGCAGAAAUGUGGAGCAGCAGAUCAGAUCCCAGCAGGAGACCGAAGUGAGUGGAGUGAAAGAGCUUCAGGAGAAGCUGGAGCAGGAGAUCAGAGAGUUGAAGAGGAAAGACGCUGAGCUGAAGCAGCUCUCAGAUACACCAGAUCACAACCAGUUUCUCCACAACUACCCCUCAGUGUCAGCACUCAGUGAGUCCACACACUCAUCCAGCAUCCACAUCCGUCCUCUGAGAUACUUUGGGGACGUGACAGCAGCUGUGAAAGAGCUCAGAGAUAAAAUACAGGACAUUGUGAGGGACACAUGGACAAACAUCUCACUGACUCAGCUGGAUGCUUCUCUGUCAGAUUCACAAGCAGAGCCGAAGAGCAGAGCUGGAUUCUUGAAACAUUCAUGUCGAAUCACUCUGGACCCAAACACAGCACACAGAAACCUGUUACUAUCUGAAGGGAACAGAAAAGUAACAUUGGUGGAUCAACAACAGUCUUAUUCUGAUCAUCCUGACAGAUUCACGAGAUAUCAUCAGGUCCUGAGCAGAGAGAGUCUGACUGGACGUUGUUACUGGGAGGUGGAGUGGAGAGGAGAAGGAGCAGUUGAUGUAGUCGUCGCAUACAAGAAUAUCAGCAGAGCAGGAAGAUGGGAUGAAUGUGGGUUCGGACUUAAUGACAAAUCUUGGGCUUUCCAUUGUUCACCAAACUGUUACGAAUUUAGGUACAACAACAUCCAAACUCCCGUCUCAGGUCCUCGGUCCUCCAGAGUUGGAGUGUACCUGGAUCACAGAGCAGGUAUUCUGUCCUUCUACAGCGUCUCUGAAACCAUGACUCUCCUCCACAGAGUCCAGACCACGUUCACUCAGCGGAUACAUGCCGGACUUUGGAUUUAUGGUUUUAGAACAAGUGCCGAGCUGUGUGAACUGAAGUAGACAUCUGAUUGUGUCUUUGAUUCUCAUUUAGUCUUGUUUUAUUUCUCCACUGCACAGAGAUCAGCUGUCAAUCAGCACUUGUUUAUCUUCUCAUGACUUCUUCUGCUCAUCUUUGACUUUCUUCCAACUUUCUUCACUAAAUAUGACUUUCAUCUGUCUUGAUGUUUCCAGCCCAGAUGUAGUUGGAGCUCUCAGUCAGUAAAGAGGAUUUAUUCCACGGGACCAACGAGUAGAAACUGUGAUUUGAUCCAGUUUGGGAGUGAAGACGUUUUGUUGAGUCGUGACACACAUCAGACAACAGAUGCUGUAUCGUUGAGGUGGUUUCACAUGUUGUGAUGUUGAUUUUCAUGAAGGUGAAACUUCACCAUGGGGCUGUGGUGUUGGAUCAUGGAGGAAGCCGCAACAUGUUGAGUCUCAUUUUAAAGCACCGGGACACAGUAAGUGACAUUUUAUGGAGGUUUAUUAUGGAGGCUCAUUUCUGAAAAAGGGAGGAGUUAGGAGUCAAACAGUACACAAUGAUGACCGCGGUAGCCAGCACACCGCUCCAAAGCAAACCCGCGGGUGACGUCAUGGAUUCAUCUCUACAUACACUCCCUGUCAAAAGAUUUGAGACACUUCCUCAUUCAAAUAAAUCAGAACCUGUCUCAGAAACUUUUGACAGGGGGUGUACAUACUUUUGCAGAUGGUUUGGAUUACGAGCACUUGUCUUCCUGCAUGCAAAUGUUGUACCCGGCACUAGUUUGAGGGAGCAUCAAAGCCGCAUCCUUUGCUCAGCUCCACCCAUGACGACAGUAAUUUGUUGAAAGAAAUGCACUAUAGUUGCUCUAAAUGAGGUAAAGCUGACUUAUACUACCGUUCCAAAGUUCGGGGUCACCCAGACAAUUUCAUGUUUUCCAUGAAAGCUCACAAAUUUACUCUUGCGCUAACAUAACUGCACAAGGGUUUUCUAAUCAUCAGUUAGCCUUUCAAGACCAUUAGCUAACGCAAUGUAGCAUUAGAACACAGGAGUGAUGGUUGCUGGAAAUGUUCCUCUGUACCUCUAUGGAGAUAUUCCAUUAAAAAUCAGACGUUUCCAGCUAGAGUAGUCAUUUACCACAUUAACAAUGUCUAGACCGUAUUUUUUGAUUAAUUUAAUGUUAUCUUCAUUGUAACAAACUGCUAAGGACAUUUUAAGUGACCCCAAACUUGUGAAUGGUAGUGUACAAACAAGCCAGAGUGUUAUUUUCCCUCUCUUUCCACUCUUUUAUCUCUGUUUUUGGUCAACUCUACAGUACAGUAUCUGUAUCUGUUCUAUUUUAAGUUGUGUUUGAACAGUACGUAUAAAGAUGUAAUCAUAUCCACUGUGAUGAUUUACUGUAAUUAUCCUCAUUAUACUUUGGCUCAAGCAAU